GUAAGAAAAUAUAUCACAUUAUAUACAACAUUAAUAUUUCUUUUUUUCUGUAGUGCAAUUCUGAUAAAUCUUUAUACUAUAGAAACAGUAAUUUCAAGAAGAAAUAGAAUAUUAUCAAAACAUGGGACUAAAAAAAUAAAUUUUAAAUGCAAUUAUAAAUUAAAUUUAAAAAAAAAUUAUUAUUUAGAAAAUAAGAAAUACAUUGGUGAAUCAGAUUGUGGUGAAAGAAGUGCAUCCAAAAAAAAAUAUAGUUUAAAAUUUACAGACAAACCAUUAGUUAAGAAAUAUAUGUCUUUUAUAUGUAAGCCAUAUACAGCAAUAGAUACUUUUUUUGAAAAAAUAUUAUACAGGGUAUUUUGUACUAUAUAUAAAUAUAGGAAAUGCACAGAUCCCGCGCAGAGAAAAAGUUUAAAACGUUCUGUAUUUAUAAAAACAGCUUUGAUAUUUGCUGUACCAGUAAUAAUUUUUUUAACUGCAUCUGUAAUAUAUAUUUUAGCACAAUUUUUCCCCGAAACAUGGAAGGAUCUUAUUCCAAUUGCCAAUACACAGGAUUUAUCACAUCGUAUACGUGAGAAUUCGCAGUUCAUUGGACUAUUAUUAGCUAUUUUAUGCGUUUCAAUGGUUAUUUAUACUCUGGUAAAAUUCUUAAAAUAUGUAAUUGAA